GUGUAGUAGUCCAUUUCUAGUUAAGGCGUGUGAGUGCAGUAAAAUGAAAACAUUUAUAGUUUUAUUGAGCGUUUUUGCGCUAAUUUCUUCAUAUCCACAUAGAGAUGAAGUAAAGUAUAAAAUUAGAAGUCCAAAAGAAUUCGAAAAUUUUUUACGUAACAAAAGUAGUGGAAUGUCCGUAGAUGAUGAUGAUUUAAUGGGUAUUUUGAGUCUUACAGAUAAACACAAAUCCAAAAACCAAAAUCAAUCGGUAAAGCGGCGUGCAUAUUUUCCAAGUUUCGAUGAUAUUCCUAUCCCAAAUUCGUCGCAGAAGGAGGUGAAAUUCCAAAAGGAAUUGAAAAUUGUGAAGGAGGAAAAGGAGGUGACGAAGGGAAUCAUCAAGGAAUCGACGUUGGUUAAGGAAGUCGAAGAGGGGUUCCAGGAGGACGAAGGAGUGGUCAAGCGGUCGAAGAAAGUUAUAGUAGUGAAGGAGGAGAUGGAGGAGGUGGCAGAGCAAUAGCCGAUGAA